CACGCUGGUUGGUCGCAUGUGUACAACUUCGCAGACAAAAACGAAAGCCGGGAGAAAUGAAACUUUAUUGCUUAUCAGACCACCCUAGCGCCCCAUGCUUACUUCUGACGUUCAAGAGCACUACCAUCCUCCUGGACUGCGCUUUGGAUCUGACCUCACUCCAACACUUUCUGCCUCUGACACUUGUGCCUAGCACCCGUUUGAGUUCUCUGUCGCCAUGGACACUAACUGGAGAUGCAUCAUUGCAACUCAAAGAAGACUUGAAACAAGAAUUAAAGGAGUGCAGUGGACGAGUUUUUGUGGACAGUUCCCCAGAAGUCUGCCUGCCAGAGCUUGGGAUUGUGGAUUUCUCAACUAUCGAUGCCAUCCUAAUCUCUAACUACCACUGCAUGUUGGCUCUGCCCUUUAUUACCGAGUACACAGGGUUCCGAGGUAGUGUGUAUUGUACAGACCCGACACAGCAGACAGGCAGGCAGCUCAUGGAGGAGUUUGUGGAAUACAUGGAGCGAGUACCCAAGAUGAAGGCUGCAGUCAACUGGAAGAAGCCUUCUGUCUUGAAGAUGCUGUCAGCUCCUCUCCGAGACAUCUCUUGGCUCGCGUCGUGGCAGCGCUGCUACUCCAAACACGACAUCAACUCAUGCAUGUCCAAAGUCAAGGUGGUUGCAUUCUCGGAGAAACUGAAUUUGUUUGGUUCAUUGAUGGUGUCACCUCACAGUUCUGGUUACUGUCUUGGAAGCUGUAAUUGGGUCAUCAAGUCAGAUUAUGAAAAGGUGUGUUACGUGUCCAGUUCAUCGUUUCUAACCACUCACUCCAUCCCUAUCGUCCAAGACCCGUUGAAGAACAGCGACUUACUCCUACUGACUGGUAUCACACAGACACCGGCCCACAACCCGGACAGCAUGCUGGGCGAGUUCUGCAGCAACCUCACCGUAACCAUCAAGAACGGAGGGAAUGUACUGGUUCCCUGCUAUCCGUCUGGUAUCAUCUAUGAUUUGUUUGAGUGCCUGUCUGGAUACAUGGACUCUGUUGGGUUGACCCAGGUGCCAAUGUUCUUUGUGUCUCCAGUCGCUGACAGUUCCUUGGCUUACUCACAGAUAUUCUCGGAAUGGCUGUGCACCCAGAAACAGUCCAAGGUGUUCCUCCCAGAGCCCCCGUUUCCUCACUCCGAGUUGAUCAAAAGUGGUCGACUGAAACACUUCUCCUCCAUACACGGUGAUUUCAGCAGUCAGUUCAAGACACCCUGCGUGGUCUUCACGGGCCACCCUUCUCUACGACUCGGUGAUGCUGUCCACUUCAUGGAGCUGUGGGGUAAAUCCAGCAGCAACACUGUUGUCUUCAUUGAGCCCAACUUUUCCUACCUAGAUGCCCUCGCUCCUUUCCAACCCUUAGCCAUGAAGGCCUGUUACUGUCCCAUCGACACGGCCAUCACCUUCCCCCAAGCAACCAAGAUGAUUAAGGAACUCAAGCCCCUUCAUGUAGCCCUGCCAGAUUGCUACCUGUCCCCACCUGCCUCGCAACCUCUCAGGACAGAUCUCGUUGUGGAAGCGGAGGUAGCCCCUAUGCCAUACAAGCGGGGCAGCGUAUUGCAUCUACCCAUCAAACGUAGACUUGAGAGAAUAGAAAUUACUCCAGAGUUGGCAGGGUCUUUGGCGCCCACAGAGGUCAAGCCAGGUGUGUUUGUGUCCACGGUCACAGGGACAAUCCUGGCUAGGGAUAACAAGUAUGUACUUCAGGAGCCACCAAAGCAGGCCCAACCAAACACACCGUCCUCCCAGCCAAUCAGAAAAAGGAAAAGGGAAGAUGAUGUGGGCGUGGCAGAAACCGCACACCCCAAGCAAUAUGUCUAUGGCAACUUAGAAAUUGAGGAGUUGGUACAAGCAUUGGCAAAGAAUGGGAUCACUGAUGUUAAAGUAGAGGACACAGCAUCUGGCCAUAUCAUUCACUUGCAAUCGGAAGAUACCAUUAUCCAGCUGGAGGAGGGUUCUACUCACAUCUUUUGUGAGGGGAACGAGCCACUACGCAGGAAGCUCAGAGACACCUUGAUCGCGUGCCUGCCAAGUUUCUGACAUCAGAAUUGAGAUCUUGAUAACCUCUCGGCAACAAUCCUGUUGAGGUGAGGACGCCUCAACUUUCUAUCAGAGUUGUAACGAGUCACUACUUUUUGUGACUCGUUGAAUUUAGUCCUUGUAACAUGGUGAUUCCAGUCAAGCUUUUAGUUUGAGUCAAAUCAUGGAUUUGAGUCAUUACAAGUCUGCUUUCUGCUUCCAAUAUUUCUGACAAAUGAAAUAUUUUCGUCUGAUAAGUGUCACUGUGUUUACUGAAAUCCGAGGAUGAAAGUUCUUCAAUCCCUCAUCAAUUGAGCAAAAGAAAAGGCAAGAAAUCUCUCUACCAGAUGACAGGUUUGUUCCAAGUUUGGGGGUUUGUAAAGAAACUGCUUCCAGUUCAGUAACAGGUGGAAAACAUUGUACAAUUUGUUAAUGAAACAUUACCCUCCUUUUCAGCACUCCAUACUUGACCUUACAGCAUUGACCCCCAGCCCCUUCAUUUCCAAAGAUACAAAGAUUCAACCAUUCAUUGUUUCCAGUAAUUAUUAUGACGUGACGGAUGGGGCACAGUGAAAUAGAGCCACACUUUAGUAGUCGCCUGUUUUUUAUCUCAAUAUUCAACACUCACACACUCAACCAUCAGCAAUUGCUCUAACUGAAAGGCAUGUGAAAUUGAGUUGUGAAUGAAUUAAUGUCUUCUGCUGGUACAAAAUCUGUGGCCUUGUUUUGUUUUUAACGAAUUAACAGACGUUUUUUAGAUUAAAAAUAAUUUUGUGAGAUGAUUUUUCUGUCAGAUAGAAUUUUGCAGUACUUAAAUGUGUAAGUGUCCUGAGUGGGACGAUCUGCAAGCCUGUUUCAUAAUGAAGCCUUUAAUUAAACUGUGCAAUUGAA